GUUAAAUAUUUAAAUUUUAAUAAUUAUUGUUUAGCUUGUUGUAGAUAGCAUAAUGGCAACGACUGCUAGCUCAAUUCCUCAACGGACUUUCAAAACCGACCCAAAUUCACCUUUAUGGAAAUAUGUCAAAAUAACAGACCAAGUAAAAGGUGGUGGAACAUUUAAUUGGAUAUGCAACUUUUGUAGUGUGAAAAAAACUAGCUCCUACAGCCGUGUCAAAGCCCAUUUUUGUGCCAUUCCCCAACAAGGAAUCAAACCAUGUCCAGGAAGGGAUGGAAAUGGGUUGCCACCUCAACAAAUAGCAGGAUUUAUUAGAGAGCAAGAGGAAGCAGAUGCAAGAGUUGGUAAUGCCUCAAACCAUCCUUUGUUGAAAGAAAGAGGAAGUAGAUCAAAGAGGCCCCCUACUUCUCCAUCUCAGAGUAAUUUUCCUGAUAUCAUGGUACAGAGCCACCCAUUCUUAGGCAUAAUUGAUGAAGAAGAACCUGUUAUUGUGAAGAAAAGCAGGGGACCAUUAGAGAGAGCAUUUAAAAAUGAUGCUAGAGAGAUUGCAGAUCAAUCCGUUGGAAGAUGUCUAUAUGCAAAUGGUUUGUCAUUUAAUGUGGUACAAUCACCAUAUUGGCAAGAUAUGUUGAGAAAGGUAAAUGAGGCUACACAAGGGUACACAGGGCCAGGUUAUGAGAAGGUGUGUAGCACCUUACUAGCAAAGGAGGUAAAAAACUUAGAAAAUGCAUUGGCUCCCAUUAGAAAUUCAUGGAAACAAACAGGGGUGUCCAUCAUUUCUGAUGGAUGGAAGGAUACCAAAAAUUGACCAUUAAUUAAUGUAAUUGCAGUGUGUCCUAAAGGGGCAAUGUUUCUGAAAGCCGUGGAUUGUGAGGGACAGGUGAAGGAUGCACAAUUUAUUGCUAACAUCCUUAUACAAUGCAUUCAAGAUGUGGGACCUCAAAAUGUUGUCCAAGUAAUAACAGACAAUGCAAAGAAUUGUAGAGCUGUAGGAAUGUUGAUUGAGACACUGUUUGAACACAUAUAUCAGACACCUUGUGCUGUCCACUCUCUCAACCUCAUGCUACAGAAGAUGGGCAGGAAAAUAAAUUGGAUCAAACAAAUUUAUGCCGAGGCCGAAGAGAUCCAAAUGUUCAUCACAAACCAUAGCAUGUCACAAGCCAUUUUCAAAUCAUUUUCAAAGUUGGAGUUGCUAAAGGUUGCCGAGACUCGAUUUGCAUCCAACACAAUCGUCUUGAGGUGACUUGCGAAGGUGCGGGAGCCACUUGCUAGCAUGGUAAUUAGUCAAAGUUGGUCCCUAUGGAGGCAAUCCAAUACUGAAAGGGCAACAAAUGUAAAACACAUGAUCCUAGAUGACACUUGGUGGGAUCGAGUGGAAUAUCUUUUGAGUUUCACUGAGCCCAUCAUGAGUAUGAUCCAUUAUACUGACACGGAUCACCCAUGUUUGGGAGAGGUAUAUGAUGGCAUUGACUCGAUGAUUGAGGAAAUGAAAAUCAUCAUCAAUGCAAAAGAGUAAGAUCUCGAAGAAACUUUCUUCAAAGAGGUUCAAUCUAUUUGUGUUGAGCGGUGGAACAAAAUGACCACCCCACUACAUCUUCUUGCAUUUGCAUUGACUCCCAAAUUUUAUAGUGAUGAAAUGCUUGCUAAGUCAUCAAGGGUACCACCAUAUAGAGAUUCAGAAGUUAGUGAAGGGUGUAGGACAGCACUUACUAAACUCUUCCCCGAUUCUGAAAUGGAGGAUUUAAUGUCAAGUGAGUUUGCUGAUUUUGUAGCCUCCAAUGGUCAAAGUGUUGCCACUCUCCGUGACAAGUAUAAGAAGGAUGCUCAUGCUUGGUGGUACCUUAAUGGCCAUACAUCACCAAACCUUCAAACUCUUGCAAUCAAACUUUUAUCGCAAGUGAGUUUCUUAAUUUUUAUUGCUCUCUAAAUUUAUAUUUUUUACUAUUGUCACCCUCUAACUUUGUGUCAAUUAUUCAAUAGGUUGCCAGUUCCUCUUCAUCUGAGCGAAAUUGGAGCACAUACUCCUUUAUACACUCAGUGAAAUGCAACCGAUUGGGCAGCAAGUAAGGCGGAAGAGCUAGUUUAUGUGCAUUCAAACUUGCGCCUUCUUACUCAUAAACAAAAAGAGUACAAGGAUGGGAGCACAAAGUUUUGGGAUGUAGAUCUAGAGCGAACUGAUUUGGAUUUUUCAGCUGCCACACAAUCUUUACUUUCUGGGGAGUCCAAUAGCCAAUUUGCUGCUAGUGCAAGUGGUAGUGAGGCUGCAUGUGGUUCCACUACUCUAGCUACAUCAUCUAAUGUCAAUGAUGAUGUUGAUCUUGAUCUUCCUAGUGAUCCAUAUGAUGCUGAUUAUUAAUUGUGUUAUUUUAUUGUUGAACCAAUGAACAAGGAAUUCGAUAUAUCGAUCAUAACUGAUUCAAAUUUUGACAAAUGGA